AUGUUACGCAAGCUCUACGAAGCAGGCAUGAGCAUGGUGCGCUUGAACAUGUCCCAUUCAGAUCACAAGAGCGCAAAGCAGAUUAUUAACUGGGUGAAAACCCUGAAUCGCAAGAUUGAUCACCCUAUACCUGUUCUGUUGGAUACCCAGGGUCCGGAAAUUCGUACUGGCGAUCUUGAGCAGCCCAUGGAGCUCGCGGAAGGCGAAAUUGUCACGCUGUUUGUACGCGACUCCACUUUUGUUGAAACCAAGUCGAUCAAAGUAAACUACGACGAAAUUGUCGACAUUGUCGACGUGGGCAAAAUUGUUACGGUAGACAAUGGUCUGCUUAACUUUGAAGUGCUGGAGAAAUCCGAUAAUCAGUUGACCUGUCGCGUGGUAGACGGCGGCACUUUGGGGAGUCGGAAACACGUCAACCUUCCCGGCGUACGAGUUAACCUUCCCGCAAUAACCAAAAAAGACCGCGAAGACAUCACGUUUGGCAUCGAAAAUGAGGUCGAUUUUAUUGCCCUGUCUUUUGUGCGCAGCCCCGACGAUGUCACCGAACUGCGCGAGUUUCUCGGCAGCAAACAGAACACCAUAAAGAUUAUUGCGAAAAUCGAAGACCAGGAAGGUGUCACCCAUAUUCACGACAUCGCGCGCCUGGCUGAUGGCGUGAUGGUUGCCCGUGGUGAUCUCGGUAUUGAGACCGAUAUAGCUGACCUGCCUAACGUGCAACGCCGAAUUGUGCAUUCGUCGGCUCAAUGGGGGCGCAGAUGUAUUGUGGCGACCCAUCUGCUGGAGUCGAUGAUCGAGAACCCGAUUCCAACCCGCGCUGAGGUCACAGACGUUGCAAACGCAGUAUACGAAGGUGUUGACGCGGUGAUGUUGUCCGGCGAAACCAGCGUCGGUCAUUACCCGAUACGAUGUGUUGAACAACUGCGCGCGAUUACUACCAAGGCGGAACGAUACCCGGGCCUUGGGUAUGAGAAAGAUCUGAUUGUGACUGACGAUAAGCAGCACGUGGCGGUGCAUGCUGUAGCGCUCGCUGAAGCGAUUAACGCCAGCGGGAUUGUUGUCAUUACCCGGCGCGGGUUUGUCGCAGAUUACGUGACCAACGCACGCCCGAUGCACGUACCCAUUUUCGCGUUUACUAAUCACAGUCAGACUCGCCGUCGGUUGUCGUUGAAUCGAGCGGUUUACGCUUAUCGAACUGCAUUCAGCUCUGACCCGGAAAAAACCCUGCAACGCGCAUUUGAUGUGCUGCGUGAUCGUCAGGGCCUGGACGAUGAUGCCAAAGUGGUGGUGAUAUCAGAUGUGCUUGCAGACAAAGCCAGUGACGCGAUCCAGAUUCGACGCCUGACCUGA